AUGAAGACUCCAUUCUUUUUGCUCCUUGUUGGCCUUACAACAAUAGUCCGAUCGGAACUCUUAGCUCCGGCCAACGACAUCUUGUUCCCGUCAAGCAAGACAUCCAGCAAUCCUCUACAGUACGCCGGCGGAAAUAGCCCCUAUUUUGCUGGACCUAACGUCCAUGGCAUCAAGAAUGAGGUACCAGAUCGGUGCUCUGUCCGACAAGCUGCUUAUAUCGUCCGGCAUGGCAGUAGAUUUCCCGACACUGGCUCAUAUAACGCCUGGGUUGCAAUUCAUGACAAGAUUCAACGUGCGGUGAAUCAGACCGGGUUCAAAGCACGCGGCUCAUUGGACUUCAUAUCCGAAUGGAAGCCGGUACUGAGCAAUCCUAGCUUACAGCUAGCACAGGAGUCAAUGACAGGCUGGAAAGAGGCAAGCGAUCUCGGCUAUCAGCUGCGAGCCAAGUAUCCGCACUUUUAUCAAGACGGCAAUCCAUUCUAUGUUUGGGCAAACCAAUACAAGUCUCCGAUCAACAGCUCGCGGGUUGUUCAAACUGCGAGAGCCUUCAUCCGGGGAUACCUCUACGAGUAUGCCGACACAUAUGGGACUGUUGUGAGCGUGAAUUCCACUGGCUCCAAUAGUGCAAUUGGAAACUCGCUUGGCCCUUCAGACUCAUGCCCUGCAUUUGGUUCCACGAUCAGCGGAGGAAACAAUGUAACAAAUUGGGACGCUACCUGGGUUCCAAAGACUGUCAAGCGUAUCAAUUCGCAACUAAGUGGAAACCUCACUUUUGACGAAACGGAAGUCCUCUUCUUCCCCUGUAUGUGCGCAUACGAGAGCCAAAUUACAGGGCAACUGAGUCCUUGGUGUGGUGUGUUUACGGAGAAUGAGCUUCGUAAAUAUGCCUAUUCUCAGGACUUGAGCUAUUUCUAUAGCGUCGGGCCCGGCUCAAUCGGACCAGCCAAAGUCCUCUUUCUUCCCUUCCUCGAAAGUCUGAUUUCACUACUUGAAAAGGGCCCGGGGCAAAUAGGCAUUGGUAGAGAUGGCGCCAAUUUCGAGGUUCCAAAUCUUAUCAUGGCAUUCUUGAAUGAUAAUCAAAUUGCUGAAAUGACCGCUGCCAUGGGAAUCUUUGACUCGGAGGGACUGCUUCCUGAUGACCAUAUACCAGCUAAUCAUCUUUAUAAUGUGGCGAAUUUCAUUACUAUGCGUGGAACGGUUGCCUUUGAAGUCAUGGAUUGUGAGCCAGAAUCCAAAAGCUCCUCCUCCAAUGAGACAUACAUUCGAAUCCUCUUCAACGAUGCCGUUUACCCCAUCGCGAGCUGCCGCAGUGGGCCCGGAAGCAGCUGUCCCCUGUCUAAAUAUGCUUCGAUUAUCCACAAAAAGCUGAAUGGGGCAGGAAACUUCCAAGACUACUGCAAUAUUACCAAAAACAGUCAUCCGGAGCGCGUCCUGGGGGCCAGCUUUUUCAGCGACAUGUCACUAGACUUCCUAACUUUUGUCGCCCCAUAG